AUGACGGCAUCUCGGUCGUAUCUCCCCAGUUCGUCUAAGAAACGUAAAUCAAGCAAUGACGAUGCUAUAGCUCGUGUCCGACAACUCGAGAGCCGCCUCACUUCUGCUCUCUCUGAAAAUGCUUCCCUCAAUCCCUUAGCAGACCUUCUCGAUAUCGCUUUGAAUGCGGAAGAUUAUGGGACACUGGUCAAGGCUAUAUAUGCGCUGUACAGGGUCUUUGUUCUGAUAAUUUCUGGUGGUCUACUCCUUUCUCAAGACAAGGCUGAUCAAGAUCAUCAAACCGUCAAAAUAUGGCUUUCAGAUAGACUCAACGCGUAUGUCGAGCUGCUCUGUGGGCUGCUGAAGGAUGAAGAGGCUACUGUACGGACAUCCGCUUUGCAAAUUUUGUUGUCAUUACAGAAGCAUUUAUCAGCUUCUCUGACUCGUUAUACACUCAGUGAGACAGUGUCUCAGCCACAGUUCCAUAUAUCACACUUUCGAAAAAUCGUCAAUGCACUCCUGAAGUGUCCACCCUCGCGACGACAAUCAACCACUAGCAAAAAAGCACGAACCGUGGGCAGCCCCGCACAGGAUAAUGUUCUGGAAGCGGAUGUCAGGCAUACAUUUGUGGAAUCAUGGCUAAGCGUCCAUGAUGAUAUACGAUGGUUUUUUCUGAGGGAGGCAGGAAACAUAGUAGCAAAUCAGUCGAUGAGCGAAGAUUCUUGUGUCCCACAGAAUCUAUUGGCCAUCCUUGAGGGUCUCACUACAUUCCCCACUGAACCCUCAGAGCUGAACGCCUGGUGGGUAGAAGAGCUUGGUGUUCGUCCUCCCAAGCACAAAGUAUCUGGAGAAGAAGAAGAAAAUGAAGAUGUGGAGCACGCAAAAGUUGACGCUGAGGACGACUGGCGGACAUUUUUUGACCAGGAACCAACAGCAUCCGAUGCGACCAAGUCAAAAAUACCAACUGCUCGAGUGCAUACUCUGACUCUUCAUCAAUCUCUGCAUUCUCUGGCUUCUCAUAGGGCUGUUUUCACGCGUACAUGGCUUGCGCUACUCCCACGGCUCUCUGCGCAAUCCUCAGAGUCUAGGACCUACUCGUUGCGAGUAUUGAACAUUCUACAUAGAGGCGUGAUACCCCACCUGACCCGACCAGUAUUGGUCAUGGACUGGGUUGCCUCAUGCGUAGACUACGGGGGAACUGUCGGACUUCUCGCGUUAAACGCGCUCUUCACUCUGAUGAAAGAAUAUAACCUUGACUAUCCAUCAUUCUACACCCGGUUGUAUACAUUCAUUGACCGAGAUGUCCUACAUCUAAAACAUCGCGCACGAUUCUUCCGCCUGACAGAACUGUUUCUUAGCUCUACGCAUCUACCGGCGACACUAGUAGCGGCAUUCGUGAAGCGACUCUCGAGGUUGUCUCUCAAUGCCCCCCCAGCGGCGAUUAUCAUGAUCAUCCCUUUCACAUAUAACCUACUCAAAAGGCACCCCGCUUCCAUGAGCAUGAUUCACCGUGGGGACUCAGCAGACUCGAACGUAUUUGACAUGAGCGAGCCCAACCCCACGCUAUCGAAUGCUCUCGACUCUUCUUUGUGGGAACUCUACACGCACAAAAGUCACUAUCAUGCUGCCGUAUCGACCCUAGCGUGCAUCUUCGAAGAAGCUUUCACACGACCCGCAUAUUCAAUGGAAGACUUCCUGGACCAUACGUACGGCACGCUGUUUGAUACUGAAGCCCAGCGGCGGAUACGAAAAGACCCCGCAGUAUCAUUGGACUCGCGUCCGGGCGCCGAAGGCGACAUCGUCUCUGAUUUGUGGGACUUCUAG